UGACCUUGCGUCAAGAGUUUGCUACUGGUUCCUGAGGGUAAAAUCGUGUGCGCUGUGAAUCCGCAGAGGGCAGAUCAAAAUUCCCUGAUAAGUUAUGAUCAUUUUUCAUCCCUCAUGCUGUACUGUACUAUUAAUCGCCUAUACCAUGAUAUAAUCAUACAAGUGCCUGGGUCAUGUAGAAGCAACCUACCCUACUCUCAGCGACAAGAUAAAAUUUAAGAAAGCCCAGUUAACUGUAUGCAAGCAGAUAGAAAAAGCUGGUUCAAAUUUUAUUUUGCACCAUCCAUCCUCCUCUUUAUGUAGUCCUACUCUCUGUGUAGCGUGUCUUCUAGCCUAGGAACACAUCCUUAUUUAAAAAUAAGGAUUUAGCCCCCAUCACAUGGAACUGACAGCGGCUGUGCUUCCCAUGAUACUGCCAAACAUCAAGGUUCAGACUGAGAAACGAGCGCCAAGUGGCAGUAAAAAACGAGUACCCAUUUCCUCCACCAGAAAAACCCAUUUCUCCCAGCAGCAACACUGUUGGGAUUUUAAAAUCCUGCCUGGGCCAGUCAUGACUUGCGUGCCUCUGCUCGCCCAGAGGUCGUAAACAACGGGUUAACAAAGUCUUCUCGCCUCAUUUCACAUCCCCAUCUCAAGAACCACUAGUCUCCUUCCUCGGUUCCUCCUCCUGUCCCCCUCUCCCAUGGCCCAAUCCUGGGCCUCCUUCCUCCUCCUUGCUCUCUUCUCCUCCAGCCUCCUCGUCUGCGGCAGCAAUGGGGAGCGAGUCUUCCUCUACCCGCAGUCCCAGAAGGUCUCCUCCAUCGUCAGCCAGAGGUACCGGACCGCCUACCACUUCCAGCCCCCCAAGAACUGGAUCAACGAUCCAAAUGGGCCAAUGUACUACAAUGGCAUCUACCAUGAGUUCUACCAGUACAACCCCAAUGGCUCCGUCUGGGGUAACAUAGUUUGGGGCCACUCGGUUUCGACAGACCUCAUCAACUGGAUCCCACUUGAAGCCGCAAUAGAGCGGGACACCCCGAGCGACAUAAACGGUUGCUGGACCGGCUCAGCCACAAUUCUCCCCGGUAACCGACUGGUCAUCAUAUACACCGGUGCUGACCCGGAGAAGCGUCAGGUCCAAAACAUUGUGGUUCCGAAAAACCUGUCUGACCCGUACCUGAGAGAAUGGACCAAAGCCGGAAAUAACCCGGUGAUCCAACCGGUCGGACCGGGCUUGAACUCGGGCCAGUUCAGGGACCCGACAACCGGUUGGAUCGGACCAGAUGGACUGUGGAGGAUAGCAGUUGGUGCUGAGCUCAACGGGGACAGUGCUGCACUUUUGUACAAGAGCAAAGACUUUCUGAACUGGACUAGAGUUGACCACCCACUGUAUUCAUCCAAUUCCUCCUCUAUGUGGGAGUGCCCGGAUUUCUUCGCGGUAUUGCCGGGCAAUAGCGGUGGACUGGACCUGUCUGCAGCGAUACCGAAUGCUGCCAAGCAUGUCCUCAAGAUGAGCCUGGAUUCCUGUGACAAGUACAUGAUUGGGGUUUAUGAUCUGAAAAGUGACACCUUUAUUCCAGAUACUGUCCUAGAUGACCGCCGGCUAUGGUCGAGGAUCGAUUAUGGUAAUUUCUAUGCCUCAAAGUCAUUUUUCGACUCGAAGAAGGGCAGGAGGAUCAUAUGGGGUUGGACUAACGAGACAGACAGUUCUUCGGACGAUGUUGCAAAAGGUUGGGCUGGAAUCCAUGCAAUUCCCAGGACAAUUUGGUUAGACAGCCAUGGCAAGCAGUUGCUGCAAUGGCCAGUUGAAGAGGUUGAGUCCCUUCGAGGAAAUGAAAUCAACCAUCAAGGACUAGAGCUGAAGAAGGGAGGUCUGUUUGAGAUCAAGGGAGCUGACAGUUUCCAGGCUGAUGUGGAGAUAGACUUUGAGCUGACGUCCAUCGAUAAAGCCGAUCCUUUCGACCCCUCCUGGCUUUUGGACGUCGAGAAGCAUUGCCGGGAAGCGGGUGCAUCAGUCAAUGGUGGCAUAGGGCCAUUUGGACUUGUUGUCCUGGCCUCUGACAACAUGGAGGAGCACACUGCUGUGCACUUCCGGGUGUACAAGUCAGAGCAGAAGUACAUGAUACUCAUGUGCUCUGAUCUAAGAAGUUCUUCGUUGAGGCCAGGACUGUACACACCAGCCUAUGGAGGCUUCUUUGAAUACGACCUGGAAAAAGAAAAGAAGAUAUCUCUGAGAACUCUGAUUGAUCGGUCGGCGGUGGAGAGCUUCGGCGGUGGCGGCAGGGCCUGCAUCAUGGCCAGAGUGUACCCCGUGGCGGUUGUCGACGGCGUGGCCCACAUGUAUGCCUUCAACAACGGCAGUACCACGGUCAGGGUGCCACAGCUCAGGGCCUGGAGCAUGAGGAGAGCACAAGUGAAUGUGAAAGGGAUGGAGUGAUGGUUAACAAAGCAGAGCAAUUCUAAUUGACCUGUGAUUGGAGGACCGGAUCAAUCAAUCUGAUCACUUGUUUAGCGCACUUCACUAUUUUGAAAACACAAAUUACUCCCAUUCAUGAGCACUUCUAGGUAGGAAUAAAAGGAAAUUCAACAGGGGAAAAAAAUAGCUGCUCAUUUCCUUGACCUCUAGGAUUCAUGUAUUAUAGUUUACCGGUACUUGGUCAGAAAGAAGGACAAAUUGUUACUGUUUGAAACUAGUAGUAUAGUUGGCAAUUGGUAAAGAAACAUGAUGCCUGUUGUCAGCAUCGGCAUUACUGCUGUGAAACGAUUCAGAGUUACAAAAGGUAAUAAAUAGUACCACGAGCUUGUGCA